AUGGAGCCCUCCCUGCAUACCUGGUUGGGCAGCUUAACUGCUCACCUGUUUACUGCAAAACAGCUUCACAUGCUUGAAAUUGCUGUCAGCAUGAUAAAGACCAAGUACCCUUCCUUCGAAGUUGCGCCAUCGCCGCAAAGGAUAUAUCCAGACCUUGAUUAUUUCAACGAUAUGCAGAUUGUAACAGCCUGCUCUGCGCAACAGCCAUCAAAGCUCACGGAAAUAGUUGUUCCUGUUUUGCACGAAUAUCUGAGCCCAGAUGCAGCUAUAAAUUCAAGAAUGUUUCAAGACUAUGUUGAGCUUCUAUCAUAUUCUUUACCUAACGAAUACUUUAUUGAAGAUCCUCGAGGCAGACAUGCCAACUCAAGCGUGCCAGAGUUUAUUACACAAGAGCGCAUCAACGAUACGAUAUUAUGGCCUUUUUUCAAAGGUGAUGAGCACGCCCUUGCUGUAACGCUCCGAAGGCGCUCACUCCCCCUCAUAAAGCUGCAGCCUCAGGCGGUAGAGCCAGAAAGCUCUGGCUGGAUGGUUUUACAUGCCAUGCAACGAAUCCUGGCUGGUCAUCCAGUUGUGGACUUUUCAGACCUCACAGCACCAGCCCGGGAAACAGCGCUAACUCGUUUCAGGUGUGAGGUUCUGGCAGCGACCCGAGCUAGGACACUAAAGCCAACCGAAGAAGACUUCGCGAACUUGAUACAUGACGUUGAUCGAACAGAGUUUUUUGACAAUGCCAUGUACGCCAUGGAUGACAUGUUCGUAACUGAUCACAAUCACAACUCUCCAAAUGUCAUUGAGCCAGUCAGCGGCCACAUGGUUGACAAUACCCUUUUAGUGGCACAAGAUGUCUCAGAAGAUCGCCAUGGCGCUCUGGCUGUACAAAAUGUUUCGGAAAUUCUUCAAGAUUCUUCUUUGUCCUGCUCCAGCCAAGACGCUCCAGAAAUUCGACCUAGUUGCCGCAGGUCGCGCCGACCGGCUCAAAUAUUGGACUACAGAAGAAUUAUUCUGAGAAACAUUAGCAAAGCCGUGCAGUGUUAUCGAUCCACACAUGUAAACACUAAUAUGAGCGUCCCACUCCUGUGGUCUAUAUUGGAAGGGGAUCCGCCUCAAUCUGAAUUCCUUCGGCGAUAUACUUUGAUAUUGUUUUACAUGAAGAUGAGUCAACUUGACGAUGCUGGCGUCAAGAGGGAACUGGCAAAAACUGGGAAUGGGAAGUUUUGCAUCAGGAACAACAAUUCUAUACGCAGGAUGAGAAAAAAACAAGAAGAAGGGAAAGCAUGGUCUGAUCUAUGCGACUUGAAGAGUCACUGGGGUCUAGAAAGGUAUACACUUCUGUCUGCUGUGCCCGAGGACACUCAAGAAGCGCCAAUACGAGAGAUGACCGAGGGGAUUCAAUCGCAAAACUCAGUACUGCUACAAAGCCUAAACGACGCCAGACGGCUCUGCGCCGCAUUGCUCAAUGAAAGACUACCCAACUGUCUUUUGAUCGAUAAUUAUAGCUACAAGGAGAGUCAACUUAGCAAUCACGACAUCAAAUUAUCGUUCAAGGCGUUUUUAAGUUUGGACCCAAAUCAGCCAGUACAGAUCCCUAGGUUCUAA